AUGGCGUCCCAUCUGAAUAGGGCGCCUUCCGAGCGAGGUGCGAAAACAUUCAUCAUGGUCGACGGGCAAUUAGAUAAUUCCAAAGACUUCUCGUCGAGCGAAGGAUUAGGCGGUUAUAAUAAAAAGAAGAAGAAAAAGCGACGUCAUAGGACGAUUUUCACGAGCUACCAACUCGAGGAGCUGGAGAAGGCGUUCAAAGACGCCCAUUAUCCCGACGUCUACGCCAGAGAGAUGCUCAGCCUCAAGACCGAUUUACCCGAGGAUAGGAUACAGAAAGAAAGUGUCGCGAACAGGCAAUCUGGUUUUUCCCGCGCGCUUUCCCCCCCAGAUCCCGGCUUGAAAUGCCCCUCUGUCGCCUCUAUUCACGAAAAUUCCGUCCGGCUCGAAAUAAACUCGAACUUCAUAGAUCCAGUCGAUUGA